AUGAAAAAAAGAUUCGAAAUUCUCAGAGUUGGUGACGAUGACCGACUUAUUCGAAAGCGUAAAGGAUUGGAAGCUGAAUUAAAGUUUAUAGUGUGCUUUGAGGAAGUUCAUCAGGCCAUUUCGGUCGCGCAUUCAGCUGUGGGUCAUGGCGGUGAAAAGAAAACUUUCAAAGAAGGACAAAAGAAGUGGGCUAAUUUGACUAUGCAGUGCUGCCAGAUGUUCAUAAGUUUUUGCAUUGAGUGUCAAGAGAAGAAAAAACGUAGAGUACAUAAAGGUCUGGUGGUGAAGCCUGUUAGAAGCAAGACUAUUUUUUCUCGAUGCCAAAUUGACUUGAUCAAUUUUCAAACAUUACCUGAUGGGGAAUUUAAAUAUAUUCUGACCUUCAUCAACCAUUUCAGCAAGUUUUGUGUGCUGCGGCCCCUUACAUCAAAACGAGCUGAGGAGGUUGCUAACACGCCUCUCCCAAUAUUUUUGACCUUUGGCGCUCCCGUUAUCCUGCACUCGGAUAAUGGGAGAGAGUUUGUGAAUGCCGUUAUAUCAGAGUUGUCUACGCUCUGGCCUGAACUUAAGCUUGUCACUGGUCGGCCGUGCCACCCACAAAGCCAAGGUGCAGUUGAAAUAAACAUUUCGGAACAUGAAACCAUAAAAACAAGUCCGUUUAAAGUCAUGUUCGGGAUCGAACCCAAGGUAGGCCCAGCAUCAACUGUUAUUCUACCUAAUAUGCUCGGAAAUAUAAGAAAUGAAGAAUAUUUAGACACCAUCCUCCAAAAUGAAGCCGAAGGGGCGGCUGAUGAAGAGGAACAAGAAGGAGAGGAGGAACAGGAAGGAGAAGAGGAACGAGAUGGAGAAGAGGCGCCGCAAUUCGCUGAAGCUCGGCAACUGGCUGCAGCCGGCCAAGAAAAAACCGCACUUAGAAUGACAAGGAGAGCGAAACACCUCUUAAGUGCCCUACAAGUGGGUGACAACGCGACGCUGAAAGUUCCCGAGUUUGAUCGUGGGUCGAGUGACAGCAGGAACCUUCUGGUUGUGGUACUGCAGAGAGACGAGGACCUGUACCAGGUAGGCUGCAGAGAAGGACGCAUAACCACCCGGUACACGGCAGCUGACAUGGACCCCGUUAAGGAGAAGCUCCUCACCCCAGAUGAGGUUCCCGACGUUGAAAUGGCUUUGAGAACCGCUGUAACUAGGUACACAGGAGGCCAAGGGUAUGUGAAGUGUGCCUGUAAAACAAAUUGCACAACUUCCAGAUGCUCCUUCACAAAUAAGCUGUUAAAAUGUAACUCUCGUUGCCACCCUGGUCGUUCUUGUAGCAAUAUUUAA